AUGGUGUUUACGGACUCGCUUGAAGCGUACUUUACCAAGAUUGCCGAGAUGGGACAAGCGGACGACUGGAUACGGCAGGAAUUCAACGUGACAGCUGUUGAGGGUCGAGGCGCAUACGGCAAGGCCUUUAGGAUUGAGAACGUCUUCACAUCGCCCGAGUCGAGCCACGACAAAGGCCUGAGGUUGCGCGUGGGCGCUAGAGUCGUUGACGACGCGAUCUCCGCGGCGGAGCUGGACACGGCGCGGCUGGACAUGUACGAUGGUAUUUUCCGCGCUGGUAUGAAGAUUCCUCAGGUCAAAGGGACAUGUGCAGCUUUCUUCUGGGUGAGUCGGUCCUUGGCCCGGGGGCGCCCCUGA